UAUAUAUUACAUGCUGUACAUAUGUUUACAUAUAUACCUAUAUAUAUUACAUGAUGUACAUAUGUUUACAUUAUAUGCUGUAAAUAUACUACAUAUUUAUCUGCACUUGUUUAUUUGCACAGUUGCUACUCUUUGCACUUCUGCUACAUGCCAAACUGCAUUUCGUUGCUGUGUACCUGUACUAUGCAAUGACAAAAAUGUUCUAUCUAUCUAUCUAUCUAUCUAUCUAUCUAUCUAUCUAUCUAUCUAUCUAUCUAUCUAUCUAUCUAUCUAAUUAAUUAAUUAAUCCUGGAGUAACCCCCUGUCCUACGCAUUUGUUUGUGCUUUCCCACUAGCACAUUUGAUUAUACUCAACUGUGAUUAAUUGCAAAACAAACCUGACUCUUGAUUUACAUUAUAUCACAUUUAACCUGAUGUUUGCAGCUUCACAGUGCCCCUUGUCUACUUUACCCAAAGUUAUAAUUAUUUCAUGGCUUUAUUUUUCUGUCAUUGGUAUUCAUUGGUUUUUUUUUCUGUCUUGUUUUCUCGUGAUCUCAAUCUCUUGUUACUGUUUGUGUGCUUUUUUUUUUUUUUGCAUGUUCUUCCCAUGUUCGAACUAGUCGAACUGGAAACUCUAGAUUGACCCUAAGUGCAAAUGUGUAUGCAUGGUGCCCUGUUAUUGACUAGAUACCCAUUUAGGGUGUACUCUUGCCAUAUAUGGCCAGGAUUAAGAGGUUACCCGAGAUAAAUGAAUGAAUGAAUAAAUAAAUAUAUUUUGCCUGUUAUUUUGUAAGGUGCCAACCCUAACCCUAACCCUGUUGGUAGACCAGUUCUAGUUCUGGCUUUGGAUCAGGACUCCAGUCCUCUUAGGGGCGCCUCUAUCCACAUUACUGCGUUUCUACAGUUCCUCACUGCUAUGAAGGAGAAAAUGAAGGCGCUUUAAAAAACGAGCAGGCAGAGAUGAAACAUGACAGAGUUAGCGUUUCUGGAUGAGCAUGUCUCUCGCACAGCGAGUUCUCCUCACUUGGAUCUUCAGCCUCGUCUUCCUCAUCAUGCUGGUCCUCAAGUUGGAUGAUAAAAUUCAAUGGAACUGGUUUCUCGUCUUUCUUCCUGUCUGGGCCUUCGACACCAUUCUCCUGCUCAUGCUCAUUGUGAAAAUGGCUGGCCGCUGUAAGCCAGGUUUUGACCCUCGCAACGCAGCUGACAACCUGAAGAAGCGAGUUUGGUAUCUUGUGGCCAUUUUGUUAAAGCUUGCCUUUAGUCUGUUAUUGUGUGCAAAGCUGGAACAUCUGACCCAGAUAUUUCUGAGUUUCAUUUGUAUCCCUCUGUGGGCUCUUCUUAUCGGUGCAAUGGUGGAGCUCGGCUACAACGUCUUCCACUUCUGAAGAGACUGACAGGAAGACGUUGAUUGACUCAGAAGGAAAUUGUAAAUAUAAUUUGUGUACUAUAUAACAAAAUUAUUUAUAAGUAUCUAUGUGGAUUAGAACUACAGCUAUUCGUAAAGUCUGAAAAGCCUCACUACUGGACAUAUUGAUGGUUUUUGUUGUGGGUAUCAGGUAGCAGGUCCUACAUGCCUACAUUUUUUUUUUUUAAUCUGUCUUUUUGGGUUCCACAGUUUCCUCUUUACCCCAAAUGCAGGUGAUCAUCCAAGACUCAUUUGAUAUCUGAUACGGUUUGCACUGGAUUUGUAAGACAUUGGCUAACAAGUAGAAUAACUUUAUAGCUACCAGUGUAGCAUUACACACAUCAUAAUUAAAAUAUUUAAAACACCUUCUAUACACAAAAUAGCACACCCACAAAUAAAACUGAAUUUGUAGUAUCACCUGAAUGACUACUACUUUUUAAUUCUGUAUUUUAGGAUUGCUUAACUGGCUUUGUCACAGCAAGCAUAUCAAUGGAGCUACAUGGCCUUGAAUAUCAAACAUUUCUUGGGUGAAUGAUUAUAUUUGGGAUAAAAAGGAGAAACUGGAUAUUUUAUUUUUGGCUUCAAAGUAUGUUUAGAGAUUUCUUCAUACAGACAUUACAUUGAAUUUUGGGUAUUGUAUUUUCAUUUUUAAAAUAUUUGUGCAAUUAUUGCAUCCACACCGUAAAAGAGAUUUCAGCGGAUGCUCUUCAUGCACAAUAGAAAAUGCUUGUCUCCCAGCAGAAGCAUAUUACUUUUAAUGAUUUAUAUUAAUGUGCAAUAAACAAACAUUAUUUAUUGCAGAUGUGUUAUCAUUAAAGAACCAGAAACCACAGCUUAAAUAAAAUAAAAUUUGCAAAGUUAGUUAACACCUGUAUUAACUGAAUUUUGUGUAAAUAAUACGUACUCCUAUGUUAGGAAAAGUUCAUUCAGAUCCAUUUCCAUUAUUUCCAUAAAUGUUUCCAUUAUUAUGUGUGUUACAAAAGUAAAAGUCAUUACUCAGUUUUCUGUUCUGAAGACAUUUUUGUGUCUAAAAAUUUCAUAUUACAUCUUUACUUCUAACAGUUUCCAAACUCAGACACUGGAGACUUCCAAAUAAAAACUAUUAGUAAUUAAUUAAUUAAUAUUAAUGUAAUCUACAUUGACAUAAAAUGUUAACUGUAUUUGAAAAACUCUGGUUUAAGAAGUACCCACUGCAGAAAUAUUCCAAAUACAGGUCUAGUCUCCAGAUACAGUUUGAUUCACUAUGAUUAAUACAGAAGACAGGUAGACAGACAACCUAAGAUAAUGAUGCACAAUCCAGUCCAACCAUGUAAACCAAACAGUUGAGGGUCUUGCUCAGGAGACCAACGGUGGUUCUUUGCUAAUGAAAUUCCAUAAGUAGAUUGUGGGUACUUUCUCAAUGACUGAUUUCAGCUCACAAAUUCUUAUUCAGUGACACAAAGCCUUGCUCGUUGAGCCAUCACCCCCAGUGAGACAACUUUCUGCUGUCAAAAUUAGCUCUGACACUAAAAACCUGCUGGUAUGAAUUUGAAGGUUUAGUUAUGUUGGUGCUUUAGAAGGUCAAGUUACUUUACAUAACCACAAUUGAAAAGUUAAAUACACAGAGACGAUGAUGAUGAAAUAUUCUUUCCUUUUUUUUCUUCUUUUUUUUUUUUUUUUGCUCUAUGACUUUAUCUAUGAUGAUGUUUUGGUGAUGUGUGUAGAUCAUGAAUUAUUUGUUCUCGAAGCCAGAAUUAAAACAUUUAAAACUGUCCAGGCUUCUUGUUAUUUUUACUCCCUGUGUCAGAAAACCUCUACUUUAUUACUAUGUAAUGGUCCAGCUGUCUAACUGGUAGGAACUGGUGGAUGCAGAAUUUUCCCCCA